CCAAUUUCCUUCUACUAGUUUCUUCCACCAGUUUCCUUCUACCAGUUUCCUUCCACCAGUUUCUUCCACCAGAAGCUUCCACCAGUUUCCUUCCACCAGGAGUUUUCACUAGUUUCCUUCCAUCAGGACCCAGCACCAGGACCUUCCACCAGUUUCCACCUGGAUGCUUCCAUAAGAGCAGAUGAUGAUCAGAAUUGAACGUCCCCCUCCAUUAGCGCCCGGCUGGAGUGCGAGAGAGCCUCCCUCGGCAGCCAUCAUGCCUCUGAGAACCACUCCGACUCAGCAGAGGAUAAAUGCCAGGAGAGCCAGGAGGAUGGAGAGGGACAGAGCCGGCCAUCGCUCCAAAAAGAUGGCCAUCCUCUCACGGUCGCUGCUCAUCUGCAGCUCCAGGAGCAGCGACGACGCCUCCAGUCCGGAGGAGAGGUACGGAUAUGAGAACGGGAACGACGGGUACCUGGGAGAACCUGAGGGUUCGGAGAAUAAUUCCAGCAGUCUGAAAAGUAACGAGGAUCCCAAGAGGAACCUGAGAAGGUCCUUUUCCAUCAAGGAGAGCAGUUUCUGGAGAAUGUGUGUCGCCACCGGGGAGGAGUGCGGCCCUCUCGGACCCCCGGUGUCUGAUAACGACGUCGAGCCCGGCGACAAUAAGGCCGCUGUCCAUUACGGAGGCCAAUUACACAGGGAUACUUAUAUCCACUAUGGCAAGCGGCUGGACCCAUUUAAUGGGCAGCUCAUAAAUGGCCACGCAAAAGUCCAGCACGACUGGGAACAAUACUCAGGAUUGAGACCUGAUCCCAGGACAAAGGUUUUCUCCUCAUGUGAAAAUGGCGGACCAGUGCCAAAUGGCAAGAUGGCUGGCACAAUGGCCCAAAAGAAAGAUGCCUCUGAGAACCAUGCCAACGUGAAGAUGCCCAUCAUAGAGGUAUCAGAGAUCAACAACAAAGCCUGUGAGGCAGAGGAAAAUUCUGAAGAGAUGGCCUGCAAGAGGAAUCGCUCCAACUCUACGAGUGUUCACCCAUACUGGAUUGGAGAUUUGGACUCCAUCAUGAUGAAGACACCAGACCUUUUUCCCUGCCACGUUCACUCCACAACUGGCUUUUAUGGAAACAGGAAGUCUCUCUCCCAGCAGCUGGAGUUUCCACACACUGUCCCACAGGUCGUGCCAAGACCUUCUCGCUCGCUCAGUUCAGCACAUCUGGUUCAUUCCUGCAGCAGCGUGCAGGCCUUCAUCAUCUGUAAUAUAGUACUGAUGAAGGCACCAGGCAAGGGUUUGGGUUUCAGUAUAGUGGGAGGCAGAGACAGCAUGUACGGACCAAUGGGAAUCUACGUGAAGACCAUUUUCCCUGGUGGAGCAGCAGCAGCUGAUGGACGACUGCAGGAAGGAGAUGAGAUUCUGGAACUGAAUGGCGAGUCUCUGCACGGCCUCACUCACGAGAACGCCUUACAGAAGUUUAAACAAGUGAAGAAGGGUCUGCUGACUCUGGUGGUGAGGACCAGGCUGGGUUCCGCGGUCGGCAGUCAGACCCAGGUGGCCCAGCUGUGCCGCUCCAGGUCCCUGUGUUCCACUGCCAACAUCAGCAGAGCCAGCGCUGACCUAGGGGACUUCUCGGUCAUGGCUGGUCAUGCCAAACCCAGAGACCGGAUCAUGAUGGAGAUCACGCUGCAGAAGGAGGUUGGUGUCGGUCUGGGUAUCGGUCUGUGCUGCGUUCCCUCGGCUGAUGGUGGUCCUGGAAUCUACAUCCACACUCUGUCCCCGGGUUCUGUAGCUCACAUGGACGGUCGCUUGAGAUGUGGUGAUGAGAUCGUGGAGAUUAACGACACGGUGGUUUGCAACAUGACGCUGAACGAUGUGUACACGGUUCUGAGUCAGUGCUGCCCGGGCCCCUUUCAGCUCAUCAUUAGCCGACACCCCGACCCAAAGGUUUCCGAACAGCAGCUGAAUGACGCCAUCGCUCAGGCGGUGGAGAACAGCAGACUGAAGAAAGACAGGACUCACUGGAGCAUGGAGGGUCUGAGACGGGCGGUGGCGGGUUCGAACUGCAGGCCGAGAUGCGAGCGCUGUCCGGAGCCGUGUCACACCCAGCUGAGCUGCAGACGCACCUCCAAACCCAUGAUCCGCUCCUGCAGUGAGGGCGGGUACAGCCAGCACUGCGCCCCAACCUGCGCCAACAGCUUGCUCGUCCCUCACCAACAAGUCGCCCGGGUACACAGCAUGGAUGGCGCCAUGACCGCCAGCGGCAGACCCUCCCCGAUUCUACACGCGGACGACGACUAUAAAGUUCCCCUCCGCUCACACGUCAGUCAGCUGUCGUUGGACGUGGGGUUCGGGAGGACGAGGGGUUUUAAAAGCAGACCCCGGUCUCUUCCGAGGAGGUACUGCAGGCGGCAGGAUGUCUCCAAGGGCGAGGUGCCAACCAGCUCGAGUGGUUCCAGUUCAGGUUCACCAGUAAAAGAGGAAGAACCGUUACCGGCGCAAUCCUACUGCCAGGAAGUGGACGGGCGCGCAGGAGGAACUCGAGCUGCGCUUUCUGAAGCCGAAGGCACACACAGGGAGGACGGACGGCACCGAGACUCCGAGUCUCAGAACCACGUGUACAGUCUGACUAAAAUAAAGAAGGAGUGUCUAAGACGUCAGGACCACGUCGAACUGAACCCCGACCAGCAAGUCGACCCCUGGGUGAGACUCACAGACAGUCUGGAGCGCCGCCUUAAAACCAUGAGUGACCAUAACGGUAAUAACGAGCUGAACGGGACGUUCGCUGAGACCACCGAUUCCACCUCGGCACCAAAAACGGAGGAAACCCACGAUGUCAAGAAAGGGCCCCCGGUGGCCCCGAAGCCUGCCUGGGUGCGCCAGAGUCUGAGAAGCAUCAAAUCUGGGAAGUCACCAGCGGAGGUUUUUAAGAACCCGGAAAGAAGGAGCCAGGACACCAGGAGGGGGUUUGCAAUCGGUCUGAGAGCGACGUCUUCAGGAAGGAAUCAAUCCAUCAAACAGAAGAUCAGCUCAUUCGAGACCUUCUCAAACACAGAUGGAGGUAGCAGAGCAUCAGCUUCAUCUGCAAGUCUUCCUCCAAAGGAUAGAAGUCCAGCCAAGGUUGAGAAGGUUGAGAAAAUUGAGAAGGUUGAGAAAAUUGAGAAGGUUGAGAAAAUACAACCCAGCAACUCCUGGAGAAGUAAAAGCAAUGUGAUCGACACAGAUGAUGUGGUCAAGUCAUCUUCCUUGGGCAUCUCAGCCACCCCCACUGAACCUGAGCCUUCCAGCUCGGAACAACCAAUCCCUGAGAGUACAGAUUCCAAAACCGAGACCCCAAAGUCGGAAGAUUUACCCGAGGUUGAGAAACCACCUGAGGAUUCCACCAGCCCUUCAGAAGAGCCACCUUCCACUGUGGAUGAUGAAGAUCAAAGUCCAGACCAAGACGAAUUACCCAAGCUAGGUCCCUGCCCAAGAAGGUCCAGCAGUUCUAAGGAUCCCCCUUCAGGAAAAACGUCACUGGAAGACCACAGCAAUCACAAGGCGAGUUUAAGGACCAGAAGUCUACCUAUGAACACCUCCUCCGCAGAAGCCCACAGCCAAGGUGGUUUAGAAGGCGAGGCCCUUGAGAUCAUCCUGUCCUUCACCAAUCAGGUGUCCCAUGCCCUGAUGCGCUCCAUGCAGUCCCUUCCUCAGUCGCCAUGCCUCAAGCUUGGUAACCCUUGGAACGUCCCACCUGGAUCUUCUCAUUCCGACCUUUUAGAGACCGAUGGCCCUUUAUCGGAGACUCAGAUGACGACCACAGACGGCAGUGAGAAGAACUUCUCCGUGAGUCUGGCCGAGCUGAGAGAGCGCACCAUCGAGAGAGGAGAAGAACGUGAGAAGGACGAUCACAGAUCUGACCUGGAUCUGACCACGCCCUCGGCGGCCUGCGCCCAGUCCGUCAUAUCAGCUCUCCCAUCCGAGGAGAUCCAGCAUCUCAUCCAGGAGGUCAAGGACCUCGACGAGGACACGCUGAAGCAACUGGAGGACAUCCACGUGGUGAUCCUGCACAAGGAGGAGGGAGCUGGAUUAGGUUUCACCAUCGCCGGCGGCAUCGAUCAGAACAAAGCUACUACGGUCCACAAGAUCUUCUCUCAUGGACUGGCGGCGCAGGAGGGAACCAUCCAGAAGGGCGACGAGGUUCUGUCCAUCAACGGCCAGACGCUGAAGAACGUGAAGCACAGCGACGCCACGGUGGCUCUGCGGCAGGCACGGGAGUUACGGCAGGCCGUGGUGGUGGUGUGUAAGAACCAAGACGCCGAGGGCAACGGAGGAGCUAACGCCAACGAGAACGUCGGCACUGGAGCGGAGCCGAGCUUCACGGAUGAGGAGGGCGGUGACGUCCUGACCCUGGAGUUGGAGAAGUACGCUGGAGGACUGGGAUUCGGUCUGGAGGGAGGAAAAGGAUCCAUCCAUGGUGAUAAACCGCUGCUCGUCAACAGAAUCUACACAGGCAGUACAGCAGAGCAGAAAGGACUACAGGUGGGUGAUGAGCUGCUGCAGGUCCAGGGUUCCACACUGCAGGGUCUCUCUCGAUUCGAGGCCAUGACGGUCCUCAAGAGCCUCCCGGACGGACCGUUCAGCACCACCGUCAGGAGGAGGAGUAGCGACCAACAGAGCUAAAUUCCAUGGCUUCUCUGUGCCCGUAUUAACAGGGUUAGCUUGAUCGCACUUAAUAAAAAGUACGUGGAACAGUAGCCACCUGUCACCUUGGAAAUCCAACGAGCCUGAAAAUGUAAAUCAGGCCUGUCGUAAAUUAGAACGUUCUGGAACAGCAGUGAUGUUGUCAACAGUCGAGCAAGCUUACAAGGCCACGUGUGAAUUUGGAGCAGAGACUUUCUUUAUGCUUAUAAGCUUAUGGCAACCCGAAGCUCGCUCGGCUGUGGACAGCAGCACCGAUGUUCCUGCAGCUUCUAACUCAUGACCUCAAGUUUUUUAUGGUUCGAUUAGCAUAUGGACAAAAGUAUUGGGACACCACCUAUCUUCAACUGCUUAUCCAAUCAGGGUCGCAGGGGGGUGCUGGAGCCUAUCCCAGCUUUUCAAUGGGCGCAAGGCACACAGUAACACCCUGGACGGGGCGCCAGUCCAUUGCAGGGCAGACACACACACACACAUUUACUUUUAUAGGGCUAUUCAGUGUCUCAAAUUAACCUGACUGCAUGUUUUUGGACUGUGAGAGGAAACCGGAGCUCCCGGAGGAAACCCACGCAGACACGGGGAGAACAUGCAAACUCCACACAGAAAGGACCGCUCCGCCUGGGGAUCGAACCCAGGACCUUCUCGCUGCGAGGCGACAGUGCUGCCCACCGAGCCACCGUGCCGCCCUAAUAAAUCAAUCAUAUAAAGGAAAUCACAUGAGUCCAACUUUGCAGUAACAGUUUAGGGAAGGUCCUUUCCUGUUUCUGCAUGAUUGUGUCCCUGUGCAUUGGUUGACCUCAGCCUCACUCAACAGCUGUGGGAUCAACUGAGACACAAAUUCCCACAGACGUACUUCAAAGUCUUGUGAGAAGCUUCUUAAAAAAGAGGCGUCGACAAGCUCAUGGUCGGGCGUCCAAAUACUUUUGUCCAUACAGUGUAUUAUUUUCCAUUUUGAGUUUUUGCAGCCCAACCUUCAGACCAGAGCAACAAAUGAUUUAAUUUUCCACGCAGUAUUUAACAAUUUAUUUAUUUAUUAUUUUAGUUUCUUGAAGAGAUAAAUAUGAUAGACGAUCAUUUCAAUAAAAAGGAAAUUCAGGUUCACAACAAAGCCGAAGGUUUUAAUUUUAGUUUUGUACAGAGUGCUUUGCUAAUAUAUAUUAAAAAAAAGGAAUUAAAUUCUUAAAAUAAUAAAAUAAAAGUCUUAUUUUAUUUCCAUUUUUAUCCUAAUAAAAUAACAGAUGACAAAC